AUGUCGUACUCGUCCUUUGGCAUUGAUUCGGCUGUGGUGGAACCAACUUUCCAACAGAAUAACCUGCCCCAAAUCCCCUCCAAUGAAUGGAUUCCUCCUCCAGCGUCAUUGACCACCAUCGACUACGAUGGCUUGGAUCUCAAUGACGAGAUUUUUUUGAAUAGCCAGAACCCGGUGUUUCGUGACGAGGUGCCCUCGCUGCCGGUGGCGCUGUCCAAUUUCAACUACAGAAACUUGCAGUCGAACUUGAAUCUGCCUGAAAUGCAAUAUGCUUCGCCAUUCAGAACUGACCCAAACUCCCAUUACUCCCACCGUCGCCGGUUUUCGCUGGCGGUUGAACAGCUCAACAGGAUGUCCUUACAACAACAGAACAUGCCCGCAUACUCUGCAAACUCCACGGUUUCGUAUAACAGCGAGCUGGGCUCGAUCUCAGACCCAGCGUCUGCAACUUCCGACCAUUCCCAUCGUUCUUCGACUUCUUCAAACACUAGGGUGGAACUGCUGGACCAGUUUACCCGCGUGGCCAAGGAAGAACGUACAGUGAACCCUCGUGAACUUUUUGGCACUGUGGCCUCUACAGGCUCCAUGCCAGCUCCAGCUCGUUAUGUGCUACCACUGCUGAUGCUGUCACCUUCGCUAGGCACGAUUUUCAAAGGCAUGAAUGGAAAUCUUGAGAACGACAGUGGUGACAAUAAGGCCACGUUUUUCAACAAUCUCGAUACCAACGGCUCAUCAGUCGUUCAGUCUCCAGAACAGAACUCGAAUUCGACGUUUAUCAUGAACGAUGAAUGUGUUAGCGCCAUUACCUAUUGGCUUAAUAACACCGCCAACGUCAUUUCUGAGACUGAUAACGCAGGCGAGCAUGCGGCUCAACAAUCUGCCAAAUCUUCAAGGCCUGGCUGGAGACGCAACAACCUGAUUCAAGUGCUCCCCAGUCGUGUCGACGCCAACUCUUCGAGGUCUCAUUCGUUUGUUGGAAGCGCCAACUCGGUUCAUAAGAAGAGAAGACAGAAGUCGUUCAACAAUGCGAUCCCAGACAUCUUUGCCAAUGAGUUGGCCUCGGAUUCUCUCGCUGGUGCAUCUGCUUCAGAUGUCCCUCGUGAUCUUUCUGGCCUUGCCAGCGAGUCCAACAACUCCAUGCCGAUGAUAAGUCCUCAGGAGUUGGCCCUGUUUACCCAAGGCCUCGAGCAGGUUCCAGGUCUCGGCCAGGACAUCGUUCAAAGCAUUUCUCUGCCAAACGUGGCAAAGCUGGACCCUAGCAGUCAGUUCAAUUUCCCCAGACCUGCGGAAGAUCAGCAGCCUAACCUUGAACAGCCUAACCCAAGGCUACAUGACCACGAGUCACCAAACACAAACCUUUCUCUGGGUCCUAAGCUACAAAGUGCAACUUCCAGUCGUGGCGCCGGCGCUGAUACGUCAGAAGAUGAGCCUAAACCUUUCCCAUGUCCCGAGUGUGAUAAACAGUUCAAGCGCCUGGAGCACUUGAAACGUCACAUCAGAUCCGUUCACUCCAACAUUCGCCCAUUCCAUUGCAAGUACUGUGAGAAGAAGUUUUCUCGGUCAGACAAUUUGGCACAGCACCUGAAGACGCAUUUCAAAGUGGACAGCAAUGGAGCGACUACCAUCGUCUAUGGCAACCCCAAUCCUCAUACGCGUGGCCGCAAACGCAGCACGUCUAUGUCUGGGGAAAGCCAGAUGAAUGUCGAGGCAUGA